AUGAACUUAGAUCUUAAAAAAAGAGAUUUUGAAAAGCAUUCUUUUCUACUGCUAGAAAAUUCAAAGUCAUUUUGGAUUACAAAGCAAAGGAGAACAAAGCACAGGUGGACAAAUCAAUGGAGGAACAGUACUGGAGAACAAGGCAGUGGAGGACAGGGCAGUGGAGGACAAGGCACUGGAGAACAAGGCAGAGGAAAACAAGACAGAAAAGAACAAGGCAGUGGUGGACAAAGCAGUGGAGGACAGGGCAAUGGUGGACAAGGCAGUGGUGGACAAGGCAGUGGUGGACAAGGCAGUGGAGGACAAGGCAGUGGUGGACAAGGCAGUGGUGGACAAGGCAGUGGUGGACAAGGCAGUGGUGGACAAGGCAGUGGUGGACAAGGCAGUGGAGGACAGGGCAGUGGUGGACAGGGCAAUGGUGGACAGGGCAAUGGUGGAAAGGGCAAUGGUGGACAGGGCAGUGGAGGAUCUGUACAGAAAGAUCAGAAAAAAGUUGGAGAACAAGGCAGUGGAGAACAAGGCAGUGGUGGACAAAGUAGUGGUGGACAGGACAGUGGAGGACAAGGCAGUGGAGAACAUGGCACUGGAGAACAUGGCACUGGAGAACAUGGCAGUGGAGAACAAGGCAGUGGAGAACAAGGCAGAGGAGAACAUGGCAGUGGAGAACAGGGUAAUGGAGGACAAGGCACUGGAAAACAAGGCAGUGGAGGACAAAGCAGUGGUGGACAAAGCAGUGGAGAACAAGGUAGUGGAGGACAAAGCAGUGAAGAACAAGACAAUGGAGGACAAUGCAGUGGAGGACAAGGCAGUGGAGGACAAGGCACUGGAGAACAAGGCAGUGGAGAACAAGGCACUGGAAAACAAGGCAGUGGAGGACAAAGCAGUGGUGGACAAAGCAGUGGAGAACAAGGCAGUGGAGGACAGGGCAGUGGUGGACAAAAGCAGUGGAGGACAAAACAAUGGAGUACAAAACAAUGGAGGAGCAGCAAAGGAGAACAAUAUCUUGUUUCAAUGAAAGAAUAUCAAGUGCCUAUUUACAUUGAGAAAAAAAAAACACAUUCUGAUGCCAUCCAAUUAUACCACACUAUUUCAUGUUGUGUAGCUGUGACUUUUUGA